GCGGGGUUUCCAACCCUUUAAGCAGCUCUGUUGCCUGUUAUCAAGCUGGGUUUUUGCUCCAACUGCCAGAAUUAAUUGCAGUAGGACUCCUCUUACUGAAAAAUAAAAUGGAACAUAACGGGUCUGCUUCAAAUGCUGAUAGAAUCCACCAAAAUCGUCUGUCGAGUGUCUCUGAAGAUGAAGACCAAGAUGCUGCUCUUACUAUUGUCACUGUGCUGGACAAAGUCGCCACCAUUGUGGACAGUGUGCAGGCAAGCCAGAAGAGAAUAGAAGAGAGACAUAGGGAAAUGGAAAAUGCCAUAAAAUCUGUGCAGAUUGACCUGUUGAAGCUUUCACAGUCACACAGCAAUACAAGCUAUGUCAUUAACAAGCUGUUUGAGAAAACUCGAAAAGUCAGUGCUCACAUUAGAGAUGUGAAGGCCCGAGUAGAAAACCAACAAGUUCGUGUGACAAAAGUUGAAACCAAACAAGAAGAAAUAAUGAAGAAAAACAAAUUCCGUGUUGUAAUAUUCCAGGAAGAGCUUCGAUGUCCGACAUCCCUGUCCAUUGUCAAAGACAGAAACCUCACCAAGAACCAGGAGGAAGAAGACAGUGUCUUUGAUCCCCCGAUAGAGCUCUCUUCUGAUGAGGAAUAUUAUGUUGAAGAAAGCAGAUCUGCCAGGUUUAGAAAGUCAGGCAAGGAGCGCAUCGAUCACAUCAAAAAGGCAUUUUCCAAAGAAAACAUGCAGAAGACAAGGCAGAAUUUUGACAAGAAAGUGAACAGAAUUAGAACAAGAAUAGUGACGCCUGAGAGGAGAGAGAGGUUGAGGCAGUCAGGAGAGAGGCUGCGGCAGUCAGGAGAGAGGCUGCGGCAGUCAGGGGAAAGAUUGAAGAAAUCUAUUUCUAGUGCCGCUCCCUCAAAGGAAGCCUUUAAAAUGAGCAGCCUUAGGAAGGCCAAAGACCGAACUGUGGCUGAAGGUCAGGAAGCAGGCAGGGAGAUGGGUGUGGACAUGGUUGCCCGGAGCCCGUCUCUAGUUCCCAUCCCUGAGCUCCAUACUGAUGAGCUCAGUGAAACAGAGCAGGAGGAAGCCAGGGCAGGGUAUGUGGCCCAUGGAGGAGGGGAGAUCUCAACCCCUGAGCCUUUAAAGGUUACUUUUAAACCUCAGGUGAGAGUAGAGGAUGAUGAAUCGCUUUUGUUAGAUUUAAAGCAGUCCUCAUAAGGAGAAAUUAGGUAAAAAGGCUCAAAUCAUGGAGUUUUAAUUUGUGUGAUAUAAUUAUCUACAUUUAUUUAUAUGCUGUAUAGGAAAAUUAGUGAUAUGAGUGUAUCAUUUCUUACAUUUAAAAUUUUGACUACCAUAUAAAUAUUAUAUACAUUUCCUUGGGAAUUCUUUUUAUUUUUUGUGGGCAUAUAUGAUAGUAGGUAGCAGCCUUUUCCCUCUCCUGUUGUCUAUCUUUGUGGCAGCAUGUGGUUAUAGCAUGAUAACUUUAUUAAUAGUGAGACACUUCCAAGUCAGCUGCUUAUCCUUACCCAUAGCAGCGUGGUGGCUUUGCCUCUUCUGCCCUGCUGAGGGCAAUGUCACACGGUCUGGGAGAGCAGGCAAACCUUUAGAGAAAGGAACCACUCUGGGCUCUCAUUUACACCUUCUGAGUAAUCCCUGAGCACCAGGCAGUGAGGGCCUAGGUUGGACAAAAAUUAAAAUCAGUCCUCUUAAAUAUUUUCUUAGAAGCAAGUAUAUAAAAUAAAUGUUUGAAUGAUAAACUUUUCAUCAAAGACUACAGCCAAUGGGGCUGGUGAGAGCUCAGUGGUCUAAAGCGCCUGCUCAGGCAAGUGCACAGGGACUGUGGUUCCAUCCCCAGCACCACAUGCCACACUAGCCCCACCCCAGGGUGGGCUGAGGCAGCCACAACAAAAAUAAAGACUACAACCAAACUUCAGGUUUUGUAUGUCUCUUCAAAUGUUUCUUGGAAAAUACUUUUUCCCCCUCCGUAUUUUAAGGAAGAGUCUACAUGGUGUUCAGGGUUUCACUACUAGAUCGGUCUCAUAGUGA